AUUGGCCGAGAGAAUGGAUUGACGUCGGAGCAGUGCAAUCAACUUCGUGCUUGUGGUGAUUGACGGCGGCCUCAGCCAAUUAGGUGGUGUCUGGCGGUGGUGGUGGGCGUCGUUCCCUUCCCUGAAGCGGCCGCCGCACCUCAUCACCUGGCCGGAGCCGCGAUGUCCUCGCCCCGGGUUCGUGUGUUCGCCUCGGCCCGAGAACUGGGCCCGGCCCUGGGGCAGUUUGUGGUGGCGGCGGCCAGCCAGGCGGUGCAGAGCCGCGGGCGCUUCGCCGUGUCGGUGUCGGGCGGUGGGCUGGUGCAGCUGCUGUCGGCCGAGCUGCCGGCCGCCCUGGACCGCGAGUCCCGGCAGCCUGGCGCCGACUGCAAGCACUGGGUCCUCGGCUUCUGCGACGAGAGGCUCGUCCCCUUCGAGGACCCGGAGAGCACCUGUGGCCUGUACCGGAAGCAACUAUUCUCCAAGAUCUCCAUUCCUAAUAACCGCGUGGUUGCAAUUAACCCAGCACUGCCUGUGGAGGAAGCAGCAGACAAGUAUGCAGAGAGAUUGAGAGAGAUGUUUCCGGGUGACGAUUUACCAAUCUUUGACUUGUUGAUCCUGGGAAUUGGUCCCGAUGGGCACACUUGCUCUCUCUUCCCGGACCACCCCCUGCUGCAGGAACAAAGUAAGAUCAUUGCUCCAAUUAGUGACUCUCCUAAGCCACCUGCGAAGCGUAUAACCAUGACCCUGCCCUUACUGAAUGCUGCCCGUUGUGCUCUCUUUGUUGUGACUGGUGAGAGUAAGGCACCAGCCUUAAAGGAUAUUCUGGAAGGCCAGAAGGAAAACCCACUACCUGCUGCCCGUAUCCAGCCAGCCGAGGGCGAGGUGCAUUGGUUCAUUGAUGAGGCUGCCGCAAGCAAGUUGACUAUUGAGGUGGAUCGGACACAUCAGUAGACACCUGCCCUCCCUCCUCCAUUACACAAGGACUUGGAAGAAUGUGUAAAAUCUGUCAGGCUGAUUUUUAUUUAACUGAUCCCAGAUAAACUGCAAAAGUGCAGUGACCUUUGGAAUCGUAGAUUGGUUUGAUUUGUUAUCCACAGACUCAGUAUCAGAGAAAAUGUUCUCUAAUACGCAGAAAACUUAACCAAAGACUGCCUCGGAGAUAACAUUGAGUGAACAUUGUAUUGGCAUAGCAGUUAAAUUUCUAAACCAACAAAUUCAAAAAAAGGUAUGGGUGGGGAAAUACUAAAUAAAUCCUUAAUUUGUUGUAAAUGGAAUUGCAUUUAAAUUUAAAACCUUUUAUUGUCCACAUUCCAAGUGUUGGUAUUUGGGUUUUUCUGGUGGUCAGUCUUGCAUGAGGAUUGACUCCCUUCACCUGAAGCACCACCUACAUUGUAGGGUUCUACAUUGUAUUCCAAUCUGGGCCCAAACAGACUGUCAGAUUCAUUGCCAUUCUACUACCUGCCAGUAAUGAGGUAGGAUUUGUAUCUAAUCCAUCUAAUCUUUGAGGGUGUUUGUUUUAAUAGUAGUUAGGGGAAUGUAACUGAUCUAACGGAUUUAAAAAUGAAAAAUGUUACACAGCUGGUCAGGUGGCAUCGGUGGAGGGAGAAAUAGACCUGAAAUCUUUCUCCCUCCACAGACUCCGCUCGACUUGCUGAGUAUUUAUAACAUUUGUUUUUCCAGAUGCUGCAGUCUUUUGCUUUCGGUGAUGUUGGAUUGUGCAGCAAUAGACUUGUGUUAGUUUCCAUGUUCAGCCUAAACUGCUAUGAAUUUUACACAGGAUAUUUGCAAAUGUGCAUUAAAUUAGUUGAUCUGAUUGUACGUAA